AUGGCCUCCGUCCUCCGCCAAAUCGUCGCCGGCCCCCGCGCCAAACACCAAGAGACAGGCCUCGACCUGUGCUACGUCACAUCCAACAUAAUCGUAACAUCCGGCCCCUCCCAGACCUACCCGCAGCGCGCCUACCGCAACCCGCUCGACCGCCUGGUCGCCUUCCUCGACGCCCGCCACGGCCGCGGCUGGGCCAUCUGGGAGUUCCGCGCCGAGGGCACCGGAUACCCGGACGAUGCCGUCCACGGCCGCAUCAGCCACUACCCCUGGCCGGACCACCACCCGCCGCCGUUCCGGCUCGUGCCGGUUAUCUUGGGCGGGAUGAGGCGCUGGUUGGCUGGUGGCGGGCUGCCUGGGGAUGGAGGGGCGGCAGCUGCUGCUGGAGGAGGAGGAGGAGGAGGAGGAGCAGGGAAGGAGGGGGAGAGAGGUGGGGAUGGGGGUGGUAGUGGUGAUGGUAGGGUCGUCGUGGUGCACUGCAAGGCGGGCAAGGGCAGGUCGGGCACGGUGGCGUGCAGUUACCUGAUUGCGGAGUGUGGGUGGACGGCGGAGGACGCGCUCGCGCGGUUCACGGAGCGCAGGAUGAGGCCCGGUUUUGGCGCGGGCGUGUCGAUUCCCAGCCAGCUGCGGUGGGUGAGCUAUGUGGACCGGUGGACGAAGGGUGGAAAGAAGUACGUGGACCGCGCGGUUGAGAUCGUUGAGGUGCAUGUCUGGGGCUUGCGGCACGGCGUCAAGGUCUCCGUGCAGGGGUUUGUGGACGAGGGGAAGAAGAUCCGGGUGUUCCACACCUUUAAGGGGGACGAGAGGAUCGUGGUUGAGGGAGACGCGCCCGGCGGCAGAGGGGUGGUGGAUAUGGUGCAGGACAUGGCCGGGUACGGGGCGAAGGCCACGGUGGAUGAUAAGGGGGAGAUUCUCGAGGACGCGGAUUACGAGGGCAUUACGAAAGGAAGCGUGGGCAGGCUGGGCAAGAAGGUGUCAAAAAGCAAGACGAUCGCGAUGCCCGAGUCGUCUCGGUCGACGUCCAGUGGCGCUGCACUCUCAAGUAAAGACGAGUCCCGCUCGCAGUCGACGGCCAGCCUGCAGAACGGCUUCACAUUCGCCAACCCUUCCGAACCGGGCGGCCGGGCGGUCAUCUUCAAGCCGGCCACCCCGAUCUGCAUUCCAAACAGCGACGUCAACAUCUCGAUCGAAAGGAGGAACCGCGCUCCGGCCGGCAUGGGCUUCACCAUGGUCACGGCCGUCGCGCAUGUGUGGUUCAACGCAUUCUUUGAAGGUCAAGGGCCCGAGCAGGACGGAAGGGCGGACGAGAGCGGCGUGUUUGAGAUCGAGUGGGAUAAGAUGGACGGCCUCAAAGGAUCGAGCCAGAAGGGAACGAGGGCGCUGGACAGGCUGUCGGUGGUCUGGCGCGUGGCAGGCACUGGCACUGUUGGGCCUGAGGGGGAAGCGGCUGCUGCCGCUCCAGGGGUGGCGAUCAACGAACCGGGCGUGGAUAGCCCCGUCCCGCAGAUGGCGCCGGCGGACUGGAAGGGAGGAAAUGCCGAGGACCCGUCGGCAGACAAGCACCUUGGGUUGAGGGUGGAGGACCCUGAGAGCCAAGGAGUUAGUAAGGCCAGUAGCCUGAAGAGCCAGGAGGUCGGAGAAGGGAGCGGUCCGGCGAAGGGGGAGGUCGAGGCCGACGAGGAGGCGUCUCUGGAGGGCGUCAAGGUUAGCGGCCCGAUGGGAGAGGAGAUGCUGGACGAGGUGUCUUCUGGCCAGGGCCCUCCGUCAAUGUCAGGUACUUGA